CCACCGACCCUUAUUUACUCAAAUCAAAAUGGCCGCCCUUCGGCUUUUCGCACGUACGAGACUUUCCACGCUCGUCCCAUGCUAUCCUGGCCAGGAUCGUCUGUCCAGCGGGAUUUCGCCGGUCAUCGAUCAGAUACAGAAGAGAUGGGGAACUUACAUGAGCUCACCCAAGUAUAAAGAUUCCUCUGAAUACACGGAUUAUGAGGUGACGAAAGAUCCAAAAGAAUGGGAAUACGUGGAACGGCUACUUAAACCAAAGGUCAUACCUGCUCCCUGCCUAGAAAAUAAGGAAUAUCCAUCUGGGUGGAAACCACCUGUUGCCAAGCCGCACGAUUAUCCGUAUUAUAUACCCCGGACGAAAAACUACAUGCAACCAGUUUAUCUUGAGAUAUUUCAUCGAGGACUGCGAAGAGUAACUACUGUCCGUAAAAUUCACGGAGAUAUUUGGACAUUAGAAUCUGAAUUAAAGGAAUAUAUAGAGAAAAGGGUGAACAAACCAAUAGGUAUUCGCACCAACGAACUGUUGGGUGAAAUUAAAUUCAGAGGAGAUUAUGUAAAUCUUGUUAAAGCAUGGAUGGAUGAAAGAGGAUUUUAAGUGCUGUAAAUUAAUAGCGAGAUACUUUUUUCUUUGUAAAUACAAUGUAAAAAAACAUUUUGUUUGUCAUUAUUUUUUGUUGAAACUCGAAAAUAAAUAAUCGAAACAC